GUGCGACUCUUGGUAUGCAAAAUAGCAAAUUUCAACCACCUAGAACGUUCAAAUAGUGAACCAAUCAUUCGGAGCACAGAAUUAAGCGCACACCUGGGCGGGCAGGAUGAAGGGUCGUGUGAAAAUUACCAGCUCCAACCGGCCACAAAGCAACAUGGCCAGCAGUAAAAGUUGCUAUCCGACGCUCGAUUGGAACCGGAAUCGCAAUGGCUGCCUGGCGGUACUGUUCUGUGUGAUUUGUUUUUCCAUUCUGAUGUGCCUUGUGUUGGCUGACAUUUUUACGAAAGCGGACGACAGUGAAUCCACCACCACGACAAUGAUGCCACGAGCUGGGAAAGUGUAUCCACUGCUCGUCGUGGAUGCUUACGACGAUGCGGUGCGAUGUAAAAUGAUAUCCCUAUGCUUCAUCGAGUGCUCCUACGUCAAUGUGAUCAACAUAUCGACGGAAGUGCAAGAGCUGGCCAAGGUUUACUCCUGCUCCACCUUUGGUUUGAACGUCAUCGGCCUGAAGACGGCCGAGGAUGUGCUGCGCAGAAAUUGGCUCCAGCUCGAUCUUGACCUUGAGAUUGCGUCACUGCUGCUGAUCAACUCCAACAUCGCCACCAUCGAGCCGGAAUCGUUCGACGCGGGCCCAAUGUUCGGCAUGACCGUACUAACCCUGCAAUCGCUCAUGAUCGACCACCUGCCGACGGGCAUAUUUUUAGGGCUGCAAAGCCUGAAGGAGCUAAACCUGCUCAACCUGCCGCUGCGCCAGAUCGACCCGUACGUGCUCAGCCCGAUGAAGUACUCGCUGACGCGCCUCACCAUCGAGAGCAGCCUGGACGGGAUUGGGCCGAAAAAUCUGACCGGCUCGGCGACGCUCCCACGCCUCGAGAUACUUUCACUCGAGUACAACUCGUUCGACGACACGCUCCGGCAGGGCACUUUCGCUAAUCUGCCCUCGCUCACCAGCCUGUACCUGCGCAGCUCGCACAUCACGUCGCUGGAGGUGGGAGUUUUCCACGACAUCUGCAGCAGCGUCAAGCAGAUCCAUCUGAUCGGCAACAAGCUGACGAGUGUUAGCCCGGGCACGUUCGAUUGUUUGCGCGGUACGGAGGCGAAGAUAUAUUUGAAAGAUAAUCCCUGGUAUUGUGACUGCUCGCUGCAAUAUCUGCAGGAGUUGCUGGUAAACAGCAACUUGGUGCUGGACCAGCCUGUUUGUGACGGUCCAGUUGACUUGAGGGGAGCGCUGGUACGUAACGCUUUGCUGUGUCCGGUGUCUACUUCAUCGAUUAUACCGUCGGGUGAACUAACGACCGAAACAACGACGGAACUGUCUACUACGGUAGCUCCUAGCUCAAGUACGUCAACCAGCGUCUCAACAACGGCCCUACAGACGACAACGGAGGAAGAUACGACGGCAAUAGCAACGAGUAGCACAGAUGAGGAGACUUCAUCGGCGUAUGAAACCACAACGGAGGAUCAAUCGACGGUGGAUGACUCCACAACAACGGACACUACUGAAUACACAACCUCCUCCUCUUCCAUAACUACUUCUGUCAGCGACACAACGCCUGAACUUAGUACGGAAACUACUUCAGAACUCACCACUUCCACAGAACUCACCACUUCCACAGAGCUCACCACUUCCACAGAGCUCACCACUUCCACGGAAUCCACCACUUCCACCUCUACAUUCACCACCACUACGGAGGCUACUACACCGGAAACAACGUCCACCACUAAUGCCUACGAUACCACAACGCCCGAAACGGAUCCUACCACUACUGAAUCCUCCCCGGUCACUACAACUACCACUCCAGAAGUGACCACAACCGACAGUACCUCACCGGAACACACCACUACCGAUGGACAUGCGACCACAUCGACCACCUACCAUCCCGUCCCUACGGUGCUACCCAACUUUGUGCAACUCCAGUGCGAAAGUACGGCCAAUCCGCUAUCCGUGGAGAUUAGUUCUGAGAAGGCUCGCCAGCGCCUGAUACGUUCGACCGACUUUGGGACCAUCUCCCUCAACGUGGCCACCCGUACGAAGCUGUUCACCAUCUCCGAAGCGCAGGAAGGCGUCGUGGAGCUGCUGUUUGACAAGACGACAUAUGGAGCGGUGCUCUGGUUCCAUGAUACCUCCACACUAGCGUCUGUGUUUUCCACAAACAUCGAGAGUAGCGCCCACUGCCAGACGCUCAGCAGUCAGCAGGUGCGCAUCGUGAACUUGGUGCCAGACAAGAACUACCUCUUCUGUGCGUUUAGUCUGCACGAGGUGAUGGUGUCACCGUUUAACUGUCUGCCCUAUCGGUUGCUGCCGGUGUACGGUCAGCGAGCCUGGCUGGUGGAGGAUCAAAAGAUCAUGAUGAUCAGCAUCAUCAUAUCGUCCAUUCUGGUUGCCCUGCUGACGGGUGUGCUGGUGACGUACUGCUUCUUCAAAAGCAUGUCCCUGUAUCAGUCAACACGGUUCUCUUUCGUUACAGACUCCAAAGCGUCGGUCCUGCCGGUGGAGAACAAUACCGUGAAGAACACGUACAUGUCACCGAUGCCACCGAAGAAGCCACUUACGCCCGAAAGGCCAAACAUCCAGCGCAGUGUGUCGGACACGAGCAUCGAGAGCGGGCGCAGCUACGUGUCGGCCGUCGUGCCCACCACCCAGUUCCAGUACAUCUCCUGGAAGAUGGAGAACCGCUCGCGGCCCUCGCUCGAGUUCUACCCGAACGAGCCGCCGCCGCCGCCCCUGCCGCCCCAUCCGAGCAAGCGGCUCAAGAAGCAAAAGUCCGAGAUUAAGCUAAACUUUGCCCAGCAGCAGCAGCAGCAGCAGGCCAUCUACGACGAGCCGGCUGGGACGAGUUACAUGGGACGGAGCGCCGGUACGCUUCAUCAGUCACUGCGCAGCAAUCGGCACCGAUCGUCCUGUGGCGGAGUGAUCCACUGAGAGCCCGUGCAUGGCCACCGCCACUUACCGAUAAUUGUCUGCAUGUGUGUGUGUAUUUGUGUGUGUAUGUUUAUGGAGCAACUUAAAUAAAUGAUACGGAUACGGGACAGACAACUAGUCUGGUAGAAUAGUUCGCGUUUGGACAGUCGCCGGUUCGCCGCUCCCCGUAGGCGCAUUGCCAAAACCUCUACACCAGAGUUGCAUUAGUUUCGUUGCAAGAGCUUUAGCGUAUCCAUGCGGUCUUGCUGCCAAGUUGAGGGCCGUCUGUAAAUGUCCCAUUACCGAGGGUGUAUCUUCAUUUAGACCUGAUCCACAU